AUGCCUUCCCGAAGGACGGCAGGCCAAGCCCUCAACAGUACUGGUCAAGGCCGUUCUGAGUCACAUGCCGCUCCCAAGCAUACUAUCCGCCCUCCUAUCGCCGGUGAUGAUGAUGCUUCGUCAGAUACCCAAGGCGCACACAUUUAUACACCAUUGGUCACCUCGCCAAUAGCAAAGACCCCGAAACGAAAGCACUGGAGGAUUGUUCAUCGACGAUGCUUGCAGGUUUUCAAGGACGCUGAUAAAGAGCGGGAGGAGCUCACACAAUCCAUACAGCAACUAGAGGAAGACAAUGCCCAAGCCACGACAAAAGUUCGCCAUCUGAGUGACAAAGAUGACCGGAAUCUGGCCAAGAUUCAAGAGCUUGAGUUUCAAGUAUCUAGUCUGAAACAACAACUUCAGUUUGCACAGGCUUGUUGCACGACCGGUGAUAAUGUGCUGCCCAUACUAUUGGAGGUCAGCAGCUAUUUUCAAUAUGCGCAGAACCAGCUCGAGAAGAAGAUAGAGGCAGAGAAGAAUGCAGAGAAAAACAAGUCUGCAUUUGCUGGCUUACCUACAUCUGAUGUGCUACAAGGCUCGUGGCCAGUCAAUAACGGGCAGAUGGGCUCGUUUGGUACCAACUCGCUCCCAAACUAUCCACUACCCAAUACCCUUUCGUCGACCAAUCAGCAAGCGCCGAUCCAAUACAGCCAGCAACCUCUCCAGCAAGUACCGGUCCAGUUCAGCCAGCAACCUCUCCAGCAAGCUAGCCAAUACAUAGCACAAUUGUGA